AUGGAGGAGCAAUACAUUUCCAAACUCCACCCGGUAGUGGAUUACGGAGCUGGGGUCUUUCUUCUGAUCAUAGCCUUCCUCACAAUCCUCGGAAAUUCAGCCGUCCUUGCGACAGCUGUGAAGCGCUCUUCCCUCCUGAAGUCACCGGAGCUGCUUACAGUCAACUUGGCAGUCGCAGAUAUCGGAAUGGCAAUCAGCAUGUAUCCGCUGGCCAUUGCAUCCGCCUGGAACCACGCCUGGCUGGGAGGAGAUGCCUCCUGCAUAUAUUAUGCCCUGAUGGGUUUCCUUUUUGGCGUCUGCAGCAUGAUGACCCUGUGUGCCAUGGCCGUCAUUCGAUUCCUUGUCACCAAUUCAUCCAAAUCUAACAGUAAAAAAAUCACCAAGAACACUGUUCGCAUCUUGAUUACUUUCAUCUGGCUCUACUCCUUGCUCUGGGCCAUUCUGCCCUUGGUAGGCUGGGGCUACUAUGGUCCUGAGCCGUUUGGCAUCUCCUGUACAAUAGCCUGGAGCAAGUUCCACAACUCCUCCAAUGGCUUUUCAUUCAUCCUGAGCAUGUUCCUCCUGUGCACAGUCCUGCCUGCACUGACCAUCGUUGCCUGUUACUUGGGAAUUGCCUGGAAGGUUCAUAAAGCAUACCAAGAGAUCCAGAAUAUCAACAGGAUCCCUAACGCAGCUAAACUGGAGAAGAAGCUGACAUUGAUGGCUGUGCUCAUCUCGGUGGGGUUCCUCAGCUCGUGGACACCGUACGCAGCAGCCAGCUUCUGGUCCAUAUUUAACUCCAGCGACUCCCUCCAGCCCAUUGUUACUCUGCUGCCCUGUCUGUUUGCCAAAUCUUCAACCGCGUAUAACCCUUUCAUUUACUACAUCUUCAGCAAAACUUUCCGCCGUGAAAUCAAACAGUUGCAGUGCUGCUGCGGCUGGCGGGUUCGUUUCUUCAGCACCGACAACUCUGCCGAAAAUCCCGUGUCGAUGAUGUGGAGCGGGAGAGACAACGUGCGUCUCUCUUCGGCUGCCAAGGUGGAGAGCCAGGGAGCCGCGAGUCGCUGA